AUGGGGAUUGAAUUAGCUGAUGUUAGCACCUCCAAUAAAAUACAUGUUUUAAUUGGUUCGGAUUACAUAUCACAAAUUUUAGGUGAAAGGAGCGUAAGAGUUAGUAAAAGAUUGAUCGUAGUGGAUAGUAUUUUUGGAGCUUUACUACAAGGACAGGAUAAGGAAUCCAAUUCACCGGAGGUGCCAGUCAAUCAUUUAUUUGUUGAAAAUGAAGAAUUAGAUUGUGAUAGGAUUAAGAAUUUGUGGUCAUUGGAAGCAAUCGGGAUAAAUGCAGAUAAAGAACUAUCUCCGUCAGAUAAAGAAAUUUUGGAAUCGUUUGAACAAAAUACGACAUAUUCAAAUAAAAGAUACAAAACUCGAUUAUUGUGGAGGGCGGAUGAUAGAGAAUUGAAUAGUAAUUAUGAAAUUGCAAAACGUCGUUUAUUUAGUUUAAACAAAACAUUCGAGAGAAAUAAGGGAUUAUAUAUAAAAUGCGAUGAGAUCAUAAAUGAGCACGUACGGGAAGGAAUUGUUGAAAGGGUAGAAAUGGAUUUAGAUAAAAAUAUAAAUACAGGUUAUUUUCUCCCACAUCACGCUGUAGUACGCAAACAAAAGGACAGUACAAAAGUUAGGGUAGUCUUCGAUGGAUCUUCAAAGGGUAAAGGGGGAUUGUCAUUAAACGAUUGCUUAGAUUGCGGUCCAAACUUAAACCCGGAUUUACUAAAAAUUAUUUUGAGGUUCAGAUUGCACAAAAUUGCAAUUUGCGCUGACAUUCAGCGUGCAUAUUUGGAAGUAGGGAUCGCAGAACAAGAUAGAGAAUUUUUAAAAUUUUUGUGGAUAAAAGAAAAGGGUCCUAAUCUCGAUCUCAGCAAUCAUAUUAUCCAAACUCUUCGAUACAAAAGGGUUACAUUUGGAGUUAAGUGUAGUUCAUUUUUGUUGUCAGCAACAAUAAGAUUACACAUAGAGAAAUAUCGCAAAGACUAUGGUGAAGCGUGUGAAAUGCUCCAUGAACUCUAUGUAGAUGAUAUGAUCGACGGAACUUCUGACGUGCAGGGUGCCUUUCGUUUGAGUAAGGAGAUGAUAUUUAUUCUUGGACAAGCUAGCAUGAAUCUACGUAGAUGGACAACAAAUUCUCCGAUUCUUGGCGACGCAUGGAAACAACCUUUUAUAGAUUUCCGAGAAACAUCUCAAGAACUAGGCGUACCUUUAAAGAUUUUGGAACUUAUCUGGAACAAUGUUGAGGACAACAUUAGAUUCGAAAUUCGACAGUUUGAAAAGCUGAGAUUGCGCAAGGCGAUAACUAAACGAAUUAUCUUGGCAGCAGGCGGUAUGCUUUUUGAUCCCAUUGGACUAAUGAACCCCUUCAGUAUUAGAAUAAAGCCUUUGUUACAACAGAUUUGGGAAAAAGGCAUUUCAUGGGAGGAGUGUAUUCCCACUGAAAUAAAGGACACAUUUCUUGAUUGGUAUAACGAAUUAAAGAUAAUUCGAAACUUGGAAAUACCUAGGCAAUAUUUCGAAGAACUGGAUUGGGAGUCAUUAGAGAUUCAUAUUUUUUCCGAUGCAAGUCCUAAAUGUUAUGGAGCUGUAGCUUAUUUCCGGAUGAAGAAUAUUACGAGCUUUAUAAUGUCUAAAUCUCGCCUAGCCCCUUUAAAGAAGAUUACUUUACCGAGGUUAGAGCUGAUGGGAGCAUUAAUUUCCGCAAGAAUUGGAAGUUAUCUUAAAGACACUUUCUCCAAGUUAAAUGAGAAAAGAAUAUUUUACUGGACAGAUUCUACAAUUUGCCUACACUGGAUCAAGGGACCAUCCGAUGAUUGGAAGCAGUUUGUUAGAAAAAGAGUGAUAGAAACAAAAGAAAAAACCAAUCCGGAUUAUUGGCAUCAUUGUAGCGGAAAAGAUCACCCUGCCGAUAAACUUACACGAGGAAUGAAUGCACAAGCUCUUUUAAACGAUACUGUUUGGUUAUCGGGACCUCCAUGGCUAAAAGAAAGGAAUAUCCCAUACAUUGAAAGCGCCUCUUGUCCUGACUUGCAUAGCGUUGCAGGAGAAAGACGAAAAGUUGUAACUUUAAAUUUAAAAACUGUAUCUAUUCAGCCGUUACUGAAUCUUGAUAAUUAUAGUGACCUAAACAAAGUUUUCAGAAUCACAGGAUACAUAUUUCGUUUCAUUCAUAACUGUAAGGCAGCGCACGAAAAGAGAAUAGGAGCAAUCACAGCGAGUGAACUAACCAACGCGGAAACUUACUGUAUUAAAGUUGUGCAACGAAUUGAAUUUGAAAAGGAAUACCUGGAUUUAAAAAACAAUAGUCCCAUACAUCCAAAUUCGAAAUUAUACGAGUUAAAUCCAAUUUUGUCAGCUGAUGAUUUAAUAGCCUUAAAAGGAAGGUUACAGAAUUCAGAUUUCGAUGUUCAAUCAAAGCACCCAAUUAUCAUCCCAAAAUAA